AUGCAGAUGGAGUCAUUAUCAUAAGAAUUAAAGACCUCUUUGAUCGUCAGGAUCGUCAAUUAUAAGGAAGUUAAGGCUGUGGUCUACUACACAAUCAAUCUCUCUAAGAUAUAUUCCGGUGACUAACUCUAGCUUGAGAAGAGAUUCUCCUAGUUUCACGCUUUAAAUGAAAUACUCAAAGCCAAAAACUACAAUGAUCUCCCGAGAUUUCCAAAUAAGUCACUACUUCCACUUAAGAAUCCAGAUUUGCUACAAAGAAGGAGAAUGGAGCUAUAAGACUAUAUGAAAGGACUCGUCAAUAGAGUGGAUACUCGAAACUCCAAGGAUGUGAUACGAUUUCUGGAACUGGACAAGUUUGCUCCAGAGUUGUUAUUGAAAAAGCCUAAGCUAGUUGAGAUGCUAGAUUGUGGCCAAAUGUACUUCUAUGUCUCGCAUUGUGUAUUCAUUCCUAAGCAUAAUGUUUUCUUACUCUGCUUGAAUGAUAAGUAUAAGAAGAAUUCUAAGCUCGAAGUGUAUUCAUUCAGAUAAACUGGGGUCGUGAGAGAUUCUUACGUAAUCAAGGCUCCAAAUACUUUUAUGCUUCCAGAGGCUCCAGUCAUAAGAGCUUUUAGUUUUUCAGGAUGCUUAGGUGGGAAAGUCAUAAGUAAUCCUGCAGGAGAUGGACAUCUGCAGCAUUAUAAUGAGCCUGAUGAUAUUUUGAAAGAUAUAACAAAAUCUUAGAAAGUUGAAAAGCUUUUGGAAUAUCUCUUUAACACUCAGAUUAAGGCAUUGACUUAUUGUGAAGAGUUAGAUCUUUUAUCAAUAGGUUUUAGAGAUGGCAAGAUUCAAAGUUUCUAUCUGAAUAUUGAAAUUGAUAAAGAGGAUGCAGAGCCUGAGGAAGAUAAUAGUGAAGAAGAAUAUGAUAAUGACUUUACAGACAAUUCAAAUAUAACCACUCCAAUUAGAAUCCAGCAUAAUAAGGCCCCGAAUAUAGUUAUACAAAGUGUAAACAAUAAGAAGCAUAAGCCAAGCAAGUAAGUUGCUGAUGGCACAGUUUUAAUGAAGAAGGCUUUCGAGUAAGUCGAGGAUUAUGACUAUGAUGACAUGCAAGGGGCUUUAAAUCCAAACAAGACUUCAGGGAAAUUCCACUUAAACAAUCUAAAUAAAAGUGGCAAUGCUCCAUAAUUAGCAAGACUAGGAGGAAGACAGCAUUCUAAUACUUCUUACUUAGGUAACAGAACUUAAAGAAGCUAAUUGGAUACUAUUUAGAAUCACUAUCAAUACGAUGUUGACUUAGAGAGGCACUAUCUAGAGUUCAGCAGACAUUCAUGUAUCAAUGCUCAUAAAGAUAAGAUUGUAGCUAUGAAACUAGAUAGGACUCGAUGUUUCUUGUACUCAAUCGCUUAUGAUAAAAGACUUGACUUGAUUGACUUGACUGAGAAAAAGUUAGUGAUAUCUAUAAAAACUUUCAACGCAAAGUUCAGAGCACUGUAGAUAGAUGAUUAGCUUAAAAGACUCUAUGCUAGUUCUAUCGAAGGCCAGUUGUUCAUCUUCAAUAUCUAGGGAAUUACACCAAUAGUAGUCCAUACUCUUAGUUUUGCAGAGGACUUAGGAUAUGUAAAGAACAUUGACAUAGAUAUUACCAAGAAUUUACUAUUCUGUUUAACAUCUGCUUCUAGUUUCGCUUGUAUAUAAUUAGACUCUAAAAAUGAAAAGAACUCUACGGUCAUUACGACUAUAACCAACCCUUAUGAGCCUUUGGAAAAGCUCUCCAAGAUAGCUUGGCUCUCUAGAAUGAAUUGCUAUGUUGAAGGCUCCGACAAGGGCAAAAUAAGAUUUUGCGAUGUAGAAGCCGGAGGAGACUGUAUGUUUGUCUUGCCUAGUGAUUUUAGUGAGAGGAUCAGCUGUAUGCACUACUGCAUGGAGAAGAAUGUUUUAUUUGUGGGUGCAAAGUGUGGUAAAUUCAGAGUCUGGAAAAUGCCCAAUGAAUGGCGAGGAAAGCAAAUUGAUGAAAUAGAAAGGGACUAUGAGUUCUCAAGAAAACAGGUAAACCUUCUUAAGAGAAAUAAGACAUUGCUGGACAGUGCUAGAGAAAAGCAAUUAAAAAAUAGCAAUAAAUUAGUAGUAGGAUUAGAUGGAAGCAUCAACAAUGAUAGAAAUAUGCUAAGUAACUAGAUAUUAGAAGAAAGCUAGGAUUAAGAGCAGUCUAAUGUAGAGAGUUCAAGGAAAAAUAGUGAUUUUUAGGACUGGAAUCAGAAUAAGUGA